GGUUGCUGGAUCCGUUUGUUUGGAAUAAAGCUGCUCUCACCUUCGAGAAAACGCGUCGAGGCGGCCCAAGCUUAAGCUAGCUCCGACAUCACGUGAUACCGUGUCAUUCCAAUUCCAACUCCAUGACUGCAUGGUCAACAUCACAUCUCAAUUUUGGUCGUUACACUCGAACAAUAACUCUUUCAGCACCGGAUCGUCUGACUUUCGACGUAGGGUCAAAGAACUAUGGUUUGACAAUCCAGCUCUCGAAUUGUGUUAUUCUGCGAUCUUGUGCUCUCGAUCUCUGCGACCACGAUCUGCACAACCUUCGUCUGAUCCAUCGCGGUCCUUCCAUUCUACGCACAGGACCGACCAAGCCACCAAACGCUAUCAGUGUCUAUUGUACUUCUGCAUAUCAAGCUCUUCCUGUCACAUUCAAUCCUAGUUACCAUCGUCGCCGAGGACAUGUACAGUAUGCGAUAACACAGCGAGAUCUGCAUUGCCGUGACUACAAAACAGCAUGUGCAAUACGCAAUCGUUAUCUCUGUGACGUUCGGUGCACCACGAUACAGCUCUAUGGGUAUUCGAUAGAGAAGACGCUAAGUUAAGAGAGUAGAGUUGAAGAGCGGCCGUACAGCAACGCCGAAUACACCGGAAUCACGCCGAUCGACUCGAGUGCCUAGACGUAGUGAUCCUAUGAGGGGGAACUACUGCACUGUGCAUCCGCAUAUCCGUUGACAACAGGGUGCCAUAUCCGAUUGAGCUGGUUCCAUUCAACACCAUCGAGACAUCUCUUCCUUUAUAAAUGGUUUUCCUGACUAGAUGCAAAUCUCAAGUUCGGCUAGCGCCAGCUUUUUCCUAUUUCGAAGCAAUGAC